UGCUUUGCAUUAGUUUAUAGAAUCCCCUGCUAAUUAGUGUUGCGAUAAUGAAUAUUCGCGUUUUGCAUAUUAGAGUUGCGAUAUAUGAUGAAAUGCCCAAAAACGAUCCAGUGGAGCUGCCAUGGACCAUGAGACAACUUUCGACCAGCUGCUGAGGUGCAGCCUUGGAUUGGCUGUACCACUUUUUUAGAUUAGUGUUGCGUCUUCCAAAAUUCGGUAAAUUUGAGUAGUGUUGCGUUACAGUUCGCGUUUUUUCUUUUUCCUUUUUUUCAGCUUAGCGUUGCGUAUUAUAGAGCAGCCUUCACGUGUAUGCUUUUGUAUUAUAGAAUUCAUGAAAUUUGCGAUUGUUAUUAAAUUUUUUACUUUUUUGCAUUGUAGAUUUUCAGGAGAUACUGUUUUUUUGGCAAAUCGCGGUUUGAAUUAGUGUUGCGAAUAUUGAUCUCGGUUGGAGAUAGUGUUGCGAACUUCAAGUAAACGCGUUUGUAGAUAUUUAUUUAGUGUAGCGAAUAAUGGAUACGCGAUUGCUUUUUAAUAUUUUAUAUCAGUAGCUUUUUUUGCAAUUUGUAGAUUUUUAUUUACCGUUGUGUUAUUAAAUAUCCACGUUUUCCAUUUAGUGUUACAAACUUGAACAUUUGUGAUUUUUCAUUUGAUUUUCUAUUUUUAGUUUUGCGUUAUUGAAUUUUCGCGCUUUUGCAUUAGUGUUGCGUCUUUAGGUUUCGCGUAUUUUCAGCACUGGAAAUUGUUCUGGACCACAUCAUAACCAUGGAUGGCUGCAUCAAAUUGCUAUGCAGCUAUGCAUCUUCAAAAUUUUUAAUUUACAAAAAAUUAAAAUUUGUCUGCUUGAAUAACUUUCUUCUUGAAAGAAAUAAAGUAAUAGUAAAUGACAUGGCAAAGAGAUUUAGUAGCUUCUAAGCUUUCUUCUUGUUCAAUUCAAGGGACUAAUGAAGGGGAUUUAUCAAAUUAGUUCCAAACCAUUGUUCUCGGAGAGUAUCGAAAAUAUAAUUAACCGGAUCGAGAUAAUACCACCUCUGAGCGUACAAAGUUUCCUUCCUUUUCUUGUUGCACUUUAAUUGGCUGAUAGCGAUUAAAUGCUUGCAACUUGUUUCAACCUUCCAAGCUCGUUAAUUAAUAUUUAGGAACCUUUGUUAGAUAAAUAUAUUCUGCAGUGACGAGUGCAGAUAAUUGUAUAUGAAGGAAAAAAUUUUAUUGAAUUAAAAGUUUUUGUUUAAAAUAAAUUUGUAUUAAAUCAUAAUUUUUAUAAAAAUUUUCCUUAAAUCUUUUGAAACUAGAGAAGUUAAUAAUAGACUGUUGAAAACAGAUAAUAUACCAAGUUCGCCUUUGUCUUCUUCAUGUAUCAUUUUCAAUGUAACAUCAAACAGUUUAAAUUGAACGAAAUCCACGAGCCUUUUACGGCCUUGCUUGUCCAAGUUAACUCCCUUUGAAACAUCCUGCUUUAAGCCAUGUCUGCUUAUCCUGACAAGGAUUCUCUGUUAGUCUCCGAACAUCCUCCGAUCCCUGAAGAAGCCAGCUACAACGCUAGUGAAACGUCGGGAAAAUCCACAUCGAGUCUUCCGAAAUCCUUGAACCUGAGAGGACAAAAGGAGGAUAAUCUUCAAUCGAUAUCCGAACAUCAGUAUAAAAUCUUAUUACAAAAAGAAGGAAAAAUUGUUUUCACCUCUUUCAACCAAGAGAAAAUAAAAGGAAACGGAGCAAGAGCGAAGACGAAGAUGGUUGUUUUGCACCAAGUGAAAUCCAAUUUCGAAGUGGAAUCGGAUUUUCGCGAAUCACUGAGACUGGGUUUACGUGAUUCCUGAGGCGAGUUGUACAGCCGUCUUUCACACAGAAAGAGAUGCUAGCAAUGGUUCACAUCGAACAGAAAGGAACAAACGCGGUCGCUGAGAGAAGAGGAUGUUGGAAAGCAUCGGUGAAAGCUUUGAUUAGGCGGAUUCCUGUCUUAUCCGUGAGAUCAAGCGAGCGGAUAUGGAAAUUGAAGUUCAUGAAAAAUACGUGAUGUCGAAAGAAAGCAGUGAUAUUGGCCAACGGUGCUCACCGAAGGGAAAAGCAUCUUGUGGAUUUUGGAAUAUCAGGGCAGAAGCUGGAUCGCGAUUUAUAGGGUAUGGAAAAUUACAUAUGAAAUUCAGUAAUUGAAUAAUUAGGAAAAGA